GAUGCAAUUUCAUGUUUUUAUAUUAAAAUUUAACAAUUCCCAGAACUAAGUUUUUUUUAACUUAAAGGCCAGUGUGAUAGUAACCAAGCACUAAUUAUUGAAUAGAAGCUAAUUUCCCACUUUAUCUGCAAUGUUACCUUAUAUUUUUUAAUCUAUGUACAUGACUUUUUCUUGUCUGUAUUUUUUCCCUUCUCAAUUUGUCAAUCUAUGUCCCACAUGCCACUUUGCCUUUAUUAAUAUGGUUUUAACAUAGGUCUUACUAUCUAAUAAAACAAGGCUGCCACGUUUUCUUCAUCUUCAAUAGUGAUUUUCCUAGUCUUGACUUUUGCAAUUUAAUGUAUAUUUAGAAUUCUGCUUUGUAAGUCCCACAACAAAAUCUGAGGUAUUAACUGGAACUGAAUUGAAUCUUUAAAAUAUUUAGGAUUAAAUGGCAUCAUUUAAAAUCAUCAUUUUCAAAUCCUAAAAUGUUAUUAAAAAUAAUGGCAAAACUAAAAUUACUUUUGCACCAAGUGAACAUUUAUCCAACCAUGGGUGGUCUUACCUCUUUUACCAAAUUAACAAUAUUUCUAUAGUGAUAAGGCGGAAGUACUGUGGUUUAUGUUUUUCCACAGGAAGGUGAGAUUAUAACAUUUGUCACACCUUUCUCAAAGAUAGAAUUUCACUGAGUAUCUCCACUUUCAAUUCUAGAUCAGGAACUGAGAACAUAUCUAAAUUUUCUAGUUUUAUAGAAGACUUUUAUCCACAAGAAUCAAGAUCUUCCCUCUCUGAGCAGGAAUCCUUUGUGCUUUGAAGACUUCAGAUUCCUCUCUGAGGUAGACGUGCACUUACAAUUAUUUGAUGGGGUGGAUUCGUGGUCGGAGGCCUCGACACAGCUUGGAGAUGAGUGAAUUUCAUAAUUAUAAGUUGGGUCUAGCAAAGAGUGAUUUUUCAACACGAUGUCAAAAGCAAAGAUGUCCAGUAAUCAAAAGCAAAUGUAGAGAAAACGCAUCUCCACUUUUUUUCUGCUGUUUCAUUGCUGUAGCUAUGGGAAUCCGUUUCAUUAUUAUGGUAACAAUAUGGAGUGCCGUAUUCCUAAAUUCAUUAUUCAACCAAGAAGUUCAAAUUCCCUUGACUGAAAGUUACUGUGGCCCAUGUCCUAAAAACUGGAUAUGUUAUAGAAAUAACUGCUACCAGUUUUUUAAUGAGAGUAAAAACUGGUAUGAGAGCCAGGCUUCUUGUAUGUCUCAAAAUGCCAGCCUUCUGAAAGUAUACAGCAAAGAGGACCAGGAUUUACUUAAACUGGUGAAGUCAUAUCACUGGAUGGGAUUAGUGCACAUUCCAACAAAUGGAUCUUGGCAGUGGGAAGAUGGCUCCAUUCUCUCACCCAACCUACUAACAAUAAUUGAAAUGCAGAAGGGAGACUGUGCACUCUAUGCCUCAAGCUUUAAAGGCUACAUAGAAAACUGUUCGAUUCCAAAUACAUACAUCUGCAUGCAGAGGACUGUGUAAAGAUGAUCAACCAUCUCCAUAAAAGCCAGGAACAGAGAAGGGAUUACACCAGCGGAAACACUGCCAACUGAGACUAAAGGAAACAAACAAAACGGGACAAAAUGACCAACGACUGUCAGAUUUCUUAGAGUCCACAGGACCAGACCAUAGAACAAUUUCACUGCAAACAUGCAUGAUUCUCCAGGACAAAGAAAGAGAGAUCCCAAAGGCAAUUCAGAUGUCCCCAGGGCUGCCUCUCCCACCAUAAGCCCAGAGUGGAUGGACUGGGGGAGGGGUGCUGUUUUAAUUUCUAAAGGUAGGACCAACACCCGCGGGAUCAGUGAAGGGCGAGAAGCCCAGCAGAUCCCUGAGAGUGCAACCCCCACCUCCACAGGAAAUUGCCUCAUGGGCAGGGCCAUAGCAGAGAGACACAGCAUGGGCAGUGCCUUCCCUGCCUCUGGGGAUCAUGCUGCCACUUUUAAUGUGUCCUCUACGGCCCCCAGCCCCUCUGGGUUGGAUUAGUGGUCGGUCCCUGGGAGGUGAUCCAGCUCCUCUUCAUCCCUAUGGCACGGGCUUUCCUGCCUUGGGCCUUUACUCCUUACCGCAGUUCCUGAAGUGCUGGUAUUGUCCUGCAGCCCCCUCCCGUUGCACUGACAGUCAGGGUGCCAGCACAUGGGGAGAGCCGAUCUCCAUCCGGGUGAAGCUCACCUGCAGCACACCUUGCAUGCCGGGUCUCCCCUGGCCCUGGGGCUCUAGAACUGCAGGCAAAGGGGACAGUAAAUCUGUCAUCUCCAAUCCCGGGUGAGCCCCCAGAAAUGUAGUGCGAUAGAUAAGAAAUCAGAGAGACCAAGGGGUUGAGGAGAAUAUUUAUUAUUUAGGUGCACUGGACCAGUCAGAUUAACAUCCAAAGGACUGAGCCCUGAACAAAGAGUCAAGUUACCUUUUAAGCAUUUCGUGGGUGGGAGAAGAUUUGUGCAGGUGGAAGCAUAUUACAGAAACAAGAAACAAAGACAGUUAUUCAAUUGAGACUUGCAUCACAUCAUUUCUUACUUUUCAAGGAAAAGCAUGUUUUGCGACUUGAGUUUAUCUGUCUAGUGACCUUGCAGCUGCACAGCUAGAGAAACGGGUCUUCACAAUGCCUGGGAAAGGGAGAGAUAAGACUCACUAGCUACAGAAAAACAGGCAGCUAAUUUUUAAAGGACUCCAACUCUUUCUCUUCCUCAGGGGGAAUUGGGUUUUCUUACAUACAACUGAGUUUUUGCUUACACAUUUUUAAAUUUAUUUUGAUUCCUGUUCCAUGCCAACCACCUAUGCUGCUGUUUUCCCCUCUCCUUCCCCUUCCCCUAGGGGAGGGACCCGCAGCAGUGGAGCUAUUCUUUCUUCCCCCAAGAAGAAAGGAAAGGGGGGGUUCUGAAUAUUUUUCUUACUACCAGAGGCUUGUGUGAGGUUCAGCCCCCAACCGCCUACACACACAUGGGGAUUCCUCACCUCUUUCUGAGGUUCAACUCCCCCUAUGGGGAUUUCUCACCUAUUUUUAACCUCCAAGACAUCCUGACUAAGGAAUACUUUACCACCCCUGCGGUUUCUCUCUCCUCGGUAUGUCCUAACUAAGAAAUGCUUUACUGUCCUGCGGCCUUUUUUUGUUUUGUUUUGUUUUGUUUUUGUUUUUGUUUUUUCAGUCCCGAUCACCGGGGAAAUACUUUACCGGCUCCCGCAGCUGCUUCUUUCUUGGUCUGUGCACAGAGUUGUCAUCACCGCAGUAUGUAAGGAUCCUUUAAGCUAGAUUGCUGGCCAGUUUCUUUCUUUCUUUUUUUUUUUUUUCCUCUCUGUGUAGCUGAGAGUCUGGGUUUAUUCUUCACACCAGUUGGGUCUCAAUUUCUUUAUUCUUCACAUCAAUUGGGUCUCAUUGAGGGCCCCUUCAAUGAGGUAGGGGAGCGCGUUCCCUCAUGAGAGAGGACUGGAGAGCACCCCUGGAAGAGAAUGUAUUCCCAAACGGUUUGCCUCCAAAUUGUUUGAAAUGCUUGUUUCCCGGUGCUAUAAACAGCACUUGAACAUAAAUUUAAUUUAUUUAGUAAGGCCAUUUUUUA